AUGGCGAACGGAUUGGAGGCGAAGGAAGUCCUUGGGGCGAAGGUCCGGUCGGGUUUGAAACGGGAGUUUGCCUUCGCGUUCAGGUCACAAUCAGAGAUCAGCGCCGGGUCGCUGGGGCGGACCAGAGCCAGGACGCCGACGGCGACGACGACGACGCUCAGCGGCGGCGGAGUAGGAGGAGUGAAAGGAGAGGAUGGGGUCUCCCCUGGCAAUGCGACUGUGGUGGAGUUCAAAAGAUACAAGAGAAUGAAGCGUGGAGGAGCUGCGGCGGCAGUGAAGGAGGCGAGUGUUCGUGAUUUGAAGGCCAAGGAGGCAGUGGAAGUAGCUGGCGAAGAGGAGGCCAAGAGUGACGUGGUGGAACUGGGCAGCGGUGACGAGGAGAUUGUGUCCGUGCACCACGUGUCUGCCGCUGCAGCGGUAGGGCAAGGGAAGAGUGGCGAUGUGGCUACUUCGAUGGAGGAAAAGGCCGCCAGUGGUACAUGCAAGGAACGGACCACCGCCCAGAAGCUUCACAUUGUAAUGGGUUUAUCUGCGCAAGGGACGAGUAUCUCACUUCCAGUUUUGAUGGAGCACGAUGGUUUAUGUAAAGAGAUGGAUGGGGGUACGGGUAGGAAUUUGAAUUCUAAACAUAACCAAAUCUGCGAGGAAGGAACUAGUGGAUUGGCCGGCGGUUUGGUCAACGGUAAAGGUGAUGCCAAACAGUCAAGCCCUGUUUCGGUCAAAAAGGAUGAUUGCAACAGCAGUAUGGUGGAGGAGAAGGCCUUGAGGAGGUUUACAAGGUCAGCCCUGAAGCCAAGAACUGAGGAAUUUGUGGAUUCAGGGUUAAAUAAUGAUAGCACGAAAGUCAAAUGUAGUUCUCAAACUAAACUGGGUGAUGGAGGCAAGGUUUGCCAAGACGGAACUAGUGUGCCAUCCACUGUUCUGGUCGAGUUUGAUGAUAGCAGUAAUGGCAAGGCAGAGCAGAAGCCUUUUAGGAGGUUUACAAGAUCAGCCCUAAAGCCAAAAUCUGAGACGACGGUCGCAAAUGCUCAGCCAAAAGAUGGGUCGAGCGUUGAUAACCUCGCUGAGGAUGAAGUCGAUGAUGCAAUGCCUACCAGUUCUGCUUCAGCUAAUGGAUUGAUGAGAAGUUCAUCUAAGCAAUUCCCAUCUAGGUUGAAGGAUCUGCUUGAUUCUGGUAUCUUGGAGGGACAACAUGUCAAUUAUAUACGGAGCGCUAAGGUAAGAGAAUCUGGAGAGACAGGGCUAUCUGGAAUGAUUGUGGGAUCAUCAAUUCUAUGCUUUUGUGACCGCUGCGGAGGAAAAGAGACUGUGACGCCUGCAACAUUCGAGCUGCAUGCUGGCAGUACGAAUAAGCGUCCACCAGAGUAUAUUUUCCUCAAGAGUGGGAAUUCACUUCGUGAUAUAAUGAAUGCUUGUAAAGGCGCUUCAGUGGAAGCAUUGGAGGGAACUUUACAACUUGCGAUUGGUUGUCAGUCCUUGAAGAAGGCAAAGUUCUGUAUGAACUGUAGAGGGUCAAUGGUGGACACUGCGUCUGGGAGUUCAAUGGUUUGUUGCUCCUCAUGCAUGAACUUAAAGGAUACUAGUCCGCCUUUGCCUACUGCUAGAGUUAUAGAUGACAGUCGCAGGUCUCCUGAACCACUUUUAGUCCGAAGGACAUUCGACAGUGUGCCAAAGCCCUCAAUAUCACAAAACAAGAGCCUGGGCAGACUAACCAAAAAGGACCUACGGUUGCACAAGUUAGUUUUUGAGGAAGACGUGUUGCCUGAUGGAACUGAAGUUGCAUAUUAUUCUCGUGGACAGAAAUUGCUUGUGGGCUAUAAGAAAGGGUUUGGAAUAUUUUGUUCUUGCUGCGACACUGAGGUUAGCCCAUCUCAGUUUGAAGCUCAUGCUGGUUGGGCAUCACGUCGGAAACCUUAUUUGCACAUUUAUACAUCAAAUGGUGUGUCUCUUCACGAGCUGUCAGUUUCUCUUGCCAAAUGUGGGAAGUUCUCUACACAUGAGAAUGAUGACCUUUGCCAGAUCUGCAAAGAUGGUGGUGAUCUUGUAUGUUGUGAUGGGUGCCCAAGAUCUUUUCACAAAGAGUGCCUAUUGCUGCCGAGCGUUCCUAAUGAUAAAUGGUACUGCAAAUUCUGUGUGAACAACCAGAAUGAAAAAUUUGGGGAGCGUAAUGCAAAUGCAAUAGCUGCAGGCAGGGUUGCAGGGGUGGAUCCUAUAGAAGAGAUAAACAAGAGAUGUAUUCGUAUUGUCAAAACUUUGGAUACUGAUUAUGGGGGAUGUUUCUUCUGCAGAGAACAUGAUUUUGACAAGUCAUUUGGUCCCCGCACAGUCAUACUUUGUGACCAGUGUGAGAAAGAGUUCCAUGUUGGCUGCUUAAGGGAUAACAACAUGCAAGAUCUGAAGGGGUUACCUGAAGGAGAUUGGUUUUGUUGCAUAGAAUGUGAUAAAAUUCACUCUGCUUUGCAAGCUUUGGUUGCUCGAGGGGAAGAGAAGCUUACUGGUUCUUGUCUAGAUGUUGUAAAGCAAAAACAUCAGGUUGACGGUGUAAAUAACGAGGAAAGGGUUGAUUUGAAAUGGAGGCUUCUUAAUGAAAGAGUAGAUUCAUCUGCAGACAGUGGAAGCUUACUCUCUGAUGCUGUCACUAUCUUCCAUGAACGCUUUGAUCCUAUUGUUGUCGAUACGUCUAGCCGCCAAGGAAACCGCGACCUCAUCCCUUCUAUGGUCUAUGGAAGGAACCUCAAAGGCCAGGAACUUGGUGGCAUGUAUUGUGCUGUGCUGCUAGUCGACAAUGUGGUUGUGUCUGCUGCUAUAAUCAGGGUGUUUGGGCAAGAGCUGGCUGAACUUCCUUUGGUUGCAACCAGUAGCCAGUUCCAAGGACGGGGUUAUUUCCAAGCUUUGUAUGAUUGUCUCGAGAAACUCCUUGGAUCCCUCAAUGUGAAGAAUUUCAUACUCCCUGCAGCCGAAGAAGCCGAAUCCAUCUGGAUGAACAAAUUCGGUUUCACUAAGAUGACUCAGGACGAGGUGGUAAAGUUCAGGAAGGAUUAUCAGAUGAUGGUAUUUCAAGGCACAUCAAUGCUGCAGAAACCAGUUCCCAACUGCAGAAUCGUCGGCAAGUCUGAAGGCGGCUGA